AAAAUAUUCAACGCACUGUUUGUUAGACAAACAUGGCGAUCAACUAAGGACUUCUUAGUUCUGUUUACAAUUAUUUAAAUUAUCUGUUAUAAACUGUUAUGGAACUCAAUGAAACAAAGUUCAGAUUGUCUGGUACAUACUAAUUGGAACGUUGGACCGUAAGAGCCUAUUACAAAUAUCCGAACUGUCAGCUGAUAGCUUUUGGCGUAUUUUAAAUCAAAUGAGCUCAUGGGCUGUUACUAGAAGAGAUGAAACGCAAGAAGCUGAUUAUGGAUCAAUGCAUCUGAAUGAGACACCCUGUUUAUACCGUUUGACAUCUGGAUUUUCUGGUUGUUCUGCUCAGUCCAUUGCUACUCGAUGGAUUGAAAGGAGUUUCGAACUAAAUAAUCUGACUUUAAUGGAUUAUCAACGACGUAUUCAAGAAAUUCGACGUUCAGUUCGUCAAGGUAUCGAUUCAGCAGCAACAUGUACAGAUGGUAUUAUUCAUGCAUUAAAGCAAUUAAUUAAUAGCGGAUGGCUUAACAGUCGAUGGAAUUUAAUCAGUGUUGAUUGUGAUCACUUUGCAUCGGAACCAUGGGAAAAAAAUUUUGCUUGUUGUUAUCGCAAUGCUCAGUGUAUACUUUCAUCUUUAUUUCGGAUUCCUGAGUUUAGAAAACGUCUUUUUGGAUCUGUGUCGGCAAUGCCAUCCAUAUGGAAACUACAAGCUCUUUUAGAGUCUGCUUGGUCUCUUGGUUUUGAUCCACUUGGUGCAUCCCAGAUAUCGUCAACGAUCAAUCCAAAUAAAAUUUCAUCUGGUGCCAAUCCUACAGGUUCUGAUGACAUGAUUUCUACAGAUAGCCGUAAUCUCGUUGGAAUUGUAGACAGUACGGCAUGUCUAGGUGCUACUGAUAUGGUUUCUCUUUUCGGAUCAAUAGGAAUACGUUCGUCAAUCAUAGAAUGUCGUGCCCCUUCCGGCCCUGGUGGAACUCACCCAUACCUCUUAACUCAUAUUUACUCUUAUAUCACCUCAGGUAAUAGUCAUGGAAUAUCGAAUGAGUCUGUCACACUUCCAAUGCUAUUACAACAUGAAGGUCACAGUCGUGUAGUUAUCGGUGUCGAAGUUGAUGAAGAUGACAAACCGUUAGCUCUCAUUGUUCUAGAUCCUGAUGUAUCGGCUGAAGCUAUGCGUCAAGUUAUCAAAGCAGCUGAUUAUUCUAUAUCUAGUCCGAGUAUAGAUUUAUCUCAUCUUUCUUUCGGAUCAUAUAAUUGGAUGGAUGUUUUAGGAAGUAUGCGUGUAGAUAUGGCUCAGUUAGUUCAACCUCAGUAUCAACUGCUUCAAAUUAAUGGAUUGAUAGAAACGGAUUUGGAUUUACAGGUAUGAAUGCAUUUCUUACUGGGUGCUUUACUUGUGUAACAUUAUACACUGCUUACUAUUGUCUACUUAAAUUUUCCAAUUGACCGGAAACCUUAUUCCUUGAUUUCUGAUCACAUUGGUGUUUUUAAGAUAUGUAAGACCUGUAAAACUAAAGGGAAAAAUAUAAAAUUACAUGGGUCCCCCAAAGAAACAACAGACAAAUUUUGAGUUACUGUCAUUUUUUAUUAAAGCUUACAUUCCUAAUACGUUUUGGGGGCAGUUUUAGGUUUUCUUUCUCCUAGUGCCUGAUAGUUUUUCGGAAUAGUUUUGAGACGGCAAUUCAGAACUCAUGUUUUACUGUCUUUUUAUCCUCAGUGAAAAGAUUAAAAAAACGGUUUUAUCUGUCAACGAUAUAUACUGGGUCUUAGAUAUGCUCAUUAUUAAUACAGAAUCAUAAUAGCUCUGCGUCCAGAACUAACUUCUGCGAUUGAGUCAUAAAACCCGUAUUUCAGUUUUAAAUAUAUAUAUAUAAACCAUAAUUUUUCUUUUUUAGGACGCUAUGGUUCCGGAAAAUGUUACAGUUGCGAUCUCAUAAAGAAAAUGGUUUGGAAAUGUUACGUUACUUUUUAUGUAAACCCCAUUCUUAAAAUCCUUUCUUGGAUAUUAGUAAUUUCCAUCCAUAUACUUUACCGUUUUUCACAUUCUUUCUGCAUCGUAUUACUUUCAUUCUUACAUAAACGUUUUGUGUUUCUUAGGUUUAUUUUUAUACAUGCUUCUAACUAAUCUCACGACACUUCGCCACCAUAGGCACGAUUGCUUUUGUUCCUAACUACCCCAUUGCUUUCACUUCUAUUUCACGUAUUCGUUUCUAUGCCCGUUUCUUUAUCUUUCUACAGUGUGAAACUUAAUGAAAAGCUAUGAUAAAUUUGCGUACUAUCUUUCUAUUCGCGCUUUCAUGUUUCAUCCUUUUUUAGGAUGAAAUGGUUUCAAAAAUAAUAAAUACAUUGUGUUGUAUACGUACUCUUUAUUUCUUUGGCAGUUGUCUAUUUGUUGCAGACUAUUAUAAAUAUAACAAGAACAGUA